AAUGACGGAGGUGACGUCAUCUUGUUAUGGGUCUCUAAGUAGGAGUAUGACAUAUAUCUGAAUUUUCUGUAUUUCUGAAAAAAAUAGAGAGUUAAUAUUAGUCUUUUAUAUAUAAAUACUCAAUGUAUAUAUCAAAUAUAUAACUGGAGAGAAGAAAAAUGGCAGAAAAACUUCGAGUAGGAUGCAGAGUGGAAAUAAUAGGAAAAGGUGUUAAAGGAAAAGUAGCUUACAUCGGCACAACUCAAUUUUCGUCUGGAAAAUGGAUUGGAGUAAUAUUAGACGAGAAAAGAGGAAAAAACAACGGCACAGUUCAAGGGAAAUCGUAUUUCCAAUGUCCUGAUAACUAUGGAAUAUUCGUCAGGCAAACACAAUUGCAAGUACUUGAGGAGGAAGAAACAACUAAAACGAAAAGUUCAUCACCUAUUCCUGCAUCACCUAUUCCUGUUACUUCCAUUACUAAAGAACCUGUUACGCCUCUUUCAACUUCUAUAGUAGAAGAAGAAAAACAAUUAGGUUCAGAAGAGAAGACACAUGAGAGAAAACUUUUAACUCCCAGUGAAGUGAAAAUUACACCAGUAACUAAUUCAAAUUCCCAGAGGUCAUUAAUUGAAUUUGACUCCCUUAAACCAACACCAGCAGUAGUAUCAGCAAUGGGAGCUGUUGCAAAUAGUCUUGAUGAUAAAAUUGCCUUAAUACAAAAGGAACAAGAAAUUGAAAAUCUUAAAGCAGAAAUAAAAGAUUUGAAUGAAAAACUGCAGACUAUAAUGGCAAAACGUUCUGAAGAUAAAGUAAAAUUAAAAGAAUUUGAAAAGACAAAAAUUCAAGUACAACAGUUGUUAGAAUUUAAAUCAAAAAUUACUGAAUCUCAGAAUGAACUUCAACGGCAGCUUGUAUUAGCAAAAAAGGAAGCAAAAGAUGCUAUUGAAGAAAAAGAACAGCAUGCAGAAGAAAUGUCUGAUUUGGCAGAAGCAGCUGAAAUUGCUACUUUAGAUAAAGAAAUGGCUGAAGAAAAAUGUGAAACUUUACAAGCAGAAAUUGAACAGAUGAAAGAAAAAUAUAUACUGAUAGUUUUAUUAUGAAAACUAUUAGGUACUGAAGGUGCAGCUACACAUUAUGAAGUUAAACAACUUGAACAGCAAAAUGAAAGAUUGAAAGAGGCCUUGAUGAAACUGAGAGAUCUUUCUGCUCAUGAGAAACAAGAGCAACAAAGAAUGCAAAAAGAAAUGGAUCGUCAAAAAUCAGAAAUUACAGAACUUAGUCGAACAAAAGAAAAAUUAAGCAUUCAAGUUGAAGAAUAUGAAAAAGAAUUAAAUGAAUUAAAAGAACAGGUAGAUGCAGCGUUAGGAGCAGAAGAAAUGGUUGAAUUGCUUACUGAACGUAACUUAACACUUGAAGAAAAAGUGAGAGAAUUACAAGAAUCAGUUGAUGAUUUGGAAAGAUUACAAGACAUCAAUGAACAGUUACAAGAAAGUGCAAGGGAAACAGAAUUAGAAUUAAGAGAAGAAGUAGAUAUGGCAAAUGUUAAAGUUUCUGAAUUUCAACGUAAAUUGGAUGCAAUGCAAGAAACAUUGACUGAUUAUGAGCAGACAAUACAGAAAUUUAGAGAUGUAACCGAACAUUUACGAGAAUCUAAUCAAGAAUUAAGAAAUCAAAUUCAAAAAGAAUCUGACCGUGUUUCAAAAAUCAAUCCUGCAGAAAACUUUGAUUACAAGAUCAAAUUUGCUGAAACUAAAGCUUUUGCAAGGGCAAUAGAAAUGGAAAUGAGAAGAAUUGAAAUACAUCAAGCUAAUCUACAUAUCAAUUAUCUUUGCUCAUUUAUGCCUGAUAGUUUUUUAGCAAGAGGAGGUGAUCAUGAUGCUACAUUAGUUUUGCUUUUAGUUCCUCGGAUAGUAAGCAAAGCAGAAAUACUAAGUUCACAAGUGAAAGAUAAGUUUCAAUUGACAGAAGAAAUUAAGCCCGAUAUUGUUUUAAAAUCACAUAAGUUGGAUCAGUUUACUUUUGCUUGUCGCCUUCUUGUUCACUUAUAUACUUUACAAAGCUUUUUGCAUCAGUAUAUCAGUGCAUUAAAUACAUGCAGUAUGGAACUUUUUAUGAAAAUAGGUACUCUAUAUCCAGAAAUGGCAGUUCAAGAAAAGGCUCUUGAUUUUUAUAUUGAUUCUUUAAAAAGAGAUCAGUUGGAUGAAAAUGUACAGCUUGAAACUCUACAUAAAGCUGUUUUAUAUUUUCAAAGCCUGUACAGUGUUCACCUUGCUAAUGAAAAGAUUGAUUGUAUGUCUUUGAUGUCUGACUUCAUGCAAUUAUUUGGUGCAGCUUGUGAUGGAAUUGGUGCUAAUGUGGCAGCUGUUUUAGUCCUUUUAAAACCCAAUGAAGAAAAUACAGAAAUAGGAAAUUUGUUAAAAGAACUAUCUUCGUGUAUAACAGAAAUUCGAGCAUUAGUGAAAAAGAUAAGACGACGUAUACCACAAGAGAAAGGUUCAACAAUUUCCUUUGGACAAGAAGUUCAAAACCAAUUGGUUAUAUGCCGUGAGCAUAUGGAUAGAGUUCUUUCAGCCACUUAUUUUAUAUAUCAGUCUUCAGUACAACAAGUUGUUAUGGUACCAGAAACUUCUAAUAUUACAAAUGAAAAAUUAAAAGAACUUGCACAUAAAGCAACUGAUGAAGUAUAUGGCAAUGAAGAUAAUGGUCCUGGUUGCUUGAAGCAAUCUCUAAAUUUCGUAUUGGAAUCUUUGACCAAAAUAUCAGUAUCCCUUCAAGAUGGAGAAUUUGAUCAGGAAAUUUCAAAUGAAAUGAAGGCUAUACCUCCUGUUUAUCUAAGAGCUCAAGCUGUAAAAGGAGAAACCAAAGAUAUAGAAAACUUGAAAUUUAAAUUAGAUGCAAGAGAAGGGGAUAUAAUAGAAUUAAAAAAGGCUUUAAAAAUAAAGAGUGAAGAAUUAAGUGAAAUGCAUGUGAGAAAAGAAAUGGCAGAAAAGAAAUUGGAAUUGUCUACCAAAGAUAGUGAUGAACAAGUUGAAAGAAUACAAAGACAACUAGAUGAAACAAAAAUGCUGCUAAAGAAAAAGGAAAAAGAAUUUGAGGAAACAUUAGAUCAUUUGCAAGCAGAUAUUGAUGCUUUAGAAACUGAAAGAGGAGAGCUCAAAGAUAAAUUAAAAUCUGCAUCCAAAAAAGCUUUGAUAGAAGGAUUAUCAAAACCAACACCUUUUGCAAGUCUUGUACAGUCACCAUCAAGCCCAACUCUUCCUGGCACACCAUCAUCACCAGUUAUUAAAGAUUCUCCAUUACUGUUACAACAAAUCCAGGAUUUGAAACUUGCAUUAAAGCAUGUUAAAAAUGAAAAUAUUCGACUGAAGUCACAAUAUAUUAUGGAUCAGUUAUCAAAGCUUCCACCUUUGAAGAUGCCUUCAAAGCAAACUGGAAUUGCUAAUCAAACUGGGUUUACAAAUAUGAUGGAUUUAGAAAACAGUACAGAUAAAAAAUUAGCCCAUCUUGCUAAGAGAUCUUCUAAUUUAUUGAAAGAGUUGAAUGACUUGACUGCAUGUCCAACAUUAGUUGAUAUUACUAAAAGGAAAGCAGGCACUCAACCAUCAAUUCAGAAGAUUGCACCAGUAAAUCAUCUUGUUGAAUCACUUUCAGUACUAAGAAAGUUCCAGAAAGAGGUUGAAAAUUUGCAAUGCGAAGUAACAAAGUUAGUUGCCUCUCAUCGAGGACACGGUAAUGUUUAUGGUGAUUUUGCUACAUUUCCUGAUCCAGCUGUAGCUAAAACAUUACAAGACAGCAAACAGUUUGUAGGAAGAGUGCAAUUAUGUCAAAACGAUGGUUCAAAAGUCAACAAAGAACCUGAAGAAAUUUCACUUCUUGUAAAUUUAAAUGAUCUAAAAAUGCUUCAUUCCAAAAUAAUUUAAAAGGUGCUAAUGUUAUUUAUUACUAAAAUAAACUGAGAAAAAUUGAUAAAAGGUGACAUAUUUAUACAUACAUUAAUUUAUAUUAAAGAUUCACAUGAAAAUGUGUGUACUGUGAAUUGUUGCUAUAAUAAAUUUUUUCUUUUUGUAA